AUGGCCAACGACAGUGUCGAUGACAUUAACGUCAGCGUAGCCCUCAGUACCGCUCUGCUUCUCCCCAGCGAUCUCAACCGAAACACCGAGUUAAGCGAGUACGAAAACUACGCUCUGAUGCUUCAACGCUCCGCCAUCCAGCAUGCCCAUUCUUUCUCAAUCCAAUCUUUUGAGAAUCAGGAGAAACUAGCCGAAAUGAAGAGGGAGGUCUCCAGUCUUCAAAAUUCCAACAAAAGUUUACAAUCAAAAAUGAAAAAACUAGAAGACCAGGCCGAGGCUGCUAUCAAGGCCCAAAAUGAUGCCGAAGAAAAGCCAGAGUCUGUUGAGGCCAUCAGAAAGGUUCUUGAGGCCCAGAAGAGAGAGGUCGAAGAAAAGGUGGCCCAAGCCCAGAAGGAGCUUCAAGUCGCUCUGGCCACCAAAGAGGCUGAGGUCAAGGCCGCCGACGAGAAGGACUACAAUGAAGGGGUGGCCGACGUCACGGCGGAUUAUGAAAAGCAGGACUCCCCCCUCAGGAAUACCGAUGCCCUUCCUCUGCCAUUCCCCCCAACUCCAAGCCAAACCGCCGACGACGACUCUGAGUCCGAAGAGGAGGUUCUGGUGAGGAAGUCAAAAGAUGUUGCUGGGACCAAGUCUUCUCCUCAAAAUGAGCAAGUCCUAGACUUGACUCAGGAUGAGAAGGAUGAGGAAGUCCCCAAGGAUGCUACUCCAAAGAAAGCAUCAUCGAACGUUUCCCCUGCUGACAAGAGCCUAGACGAAACCCUUAAAGAAAUUGAUGCUGAACUUGUGGCCGAGAAGGUUGUCGAGAUGUCUUCUCAGCAGUCCUCCGAGGUCCAAACCCAGCCUGCUGCUGAAGACUCUCAAUUUUGA